AUGGAAGAAACAAAGACUCCUCAGGAUCUAGAGCAAUCAAAGUUUAUUAAGAUAGAAGAAGCCAUAACUCCAAUUUCUGACCUAGUUAUAUCCAGCCCAGGUUCAUCAGUAGAUUCAGAAGUUAUCAAAUAUGAGAGUGAAGAGGAAGAGGAAAAGGAGCCUCCGUUUCUCUUUGUCAAUAUCUACAACGGCAUCACUGAGAGUGCUAAAAAGAACCCAUUUGCAGUAGUCUGGGUGUGUAAAUAACCCUCUGAAGCAGAGCAAGAAGGAUGUGUUCCCUGGACAGUUCUUUACAAGAGAGUUUGCAUCUGUAGGAGAUGAUGAACAAAGCUAUCUAUAUUCCUUAAUACCUCAAGACUUUUGCAUAGCUGCUUUCCAAGGUCCAGGCUCUGAGAAAUAUGGAGAUGGAAGAGCGUAUUUGAUCUCGAAUACCUCGAAUAUCGUCUUAUUAUACGAUGCUCGAACUGAUCGGUUUACUAGAUUAGAGGAUAAGCCUUCAAUGAUUGGGUUCCACAAAGCAGUUCUGAUCGAGAGACGGAAAAAGCCAUUUAUAUACGCAAUAGGAGGAUUUAACGCUAAGAAUGGAUAUGUUACCACUGAGAAAUACCAUGUCCAGAAAGACAGUUGGAAGAAAAUGAAAGCCCAACUCUGCAAAGAUAAAGACAAGAGGGUCAAUCUAUCUUUGUUCUAUUUCCAUAAGCAGGACUAUCUUUAUGCCUUUGGAGGGGAGAAAUUGGAUACUAAUCCCAGUUUAAAAUAAAUCUAAGAAGGAUACUGAGUUUGUUGUGCAAAGGAUUAAAUUAAAAUAGGUCUGAUGAUAUAAUAGCUUGGGAAGUACUCAGCUAUAGUCAUUCCCAACUUCCUAAGACAAACCUGUAUAUUAAUAUGAUUAGCGAUAAAGAUUUUAUCAUCUUUGGAGAAUCUGAUAAAGAAAUAAACCCAAAAGCCAAGUGAAUGGGUUUAUUCUAUACCAACCAUGAUGAGCUCACUGACUUUGAUGAUGAUAUAGUAAACCUUGAGAAGCAUGGUCUUGCUGAUUGAUAUGAUGAGAGAGGAUUCAAAUAUAAAAAUAAGGACAAAGAAUUGGCAACUUUUGAUCAACCAGAGCCUCAUGAGAUUAUUGAUGCUUCUGUUUAUGAUUUAGGAGAAAAUAUGAUCCCAAGACCUCCAGAAAGAGAAAAAGAAUUCCCUAUAAUUGAAACUAAAGAAGAUCAUCUCGGGAUUACUAGCCAUUAUUACAUUAAGGACCAACUAGUAUAUAUCUGGUGAAAGAAGGAGGCACUAAUGGUCCUUCGGGUUCCAGGUCCUGAGAUGAUCCCAUCUGUUCUCAAAACACUAAAGAUCUCCUAA